AUGAGUCCACCAAUUAUCGACAUCGAUUUUGUCGCCUCAUCAUCGCCUCCAAGAAACUCCAAUGGGAAACCACCACUCUUGCCACAAUCACCGAAGGAAAAUGAUGGAGCAGCUGAGAUUUUAUCGCGUUAUGCAAUGGAUUCGUACAUUGCUGAUGUGUCAAAUACAGCCGGGCAUACAUCGAUCAUGUUCACACUUAAAGAAGAACCCGGUGCACUCGCCGAAACGUUGAGAAUCUUUAAGGAUCGAAAUGUGAACUUGAAUCAUAUCGAGUCUCGUCCAUCGAAAUCACACAAAGGAUCCUAUGAUAUUCUCGUCGAAUGCCCACCAGAUGCCGAUCAAAAAGCAUUGGAAAGUAUCAUUCAGAUGUUCAAGAAGAAAGCUGAAAGCAUGUUUGUUCACGAUCACAAUUCAAGCAGAAAACAAAAUAAAGAAUCAGUUCCAUGGUAUCCAAAGAAAAUCCAAGAUCUUGAUCAAUUCGCUAAUCGAAUUCUCAGCUAUGGAGCUGAAUUGGAUUGUGAUCAUCCAGGUUUCCGUGACGAGGUUUAUCGUAAUCGUCGCAAGCAAUUCGCCGACAUUGCCUUCAAUUAUAGAAAUGGCGAAAAGAUCCCGAAUGUCGAGUAUACUGAAGAGGAGAUCAACACCUGGAGCACCAUCUACAAAGAGUUGACAAAACUUUAUCCAAAACAUGCUUGUGCCGAAUUCAAUUACAUUUUCCCGCUUCUUGAGCAGAAUUGUGGAUACGCGGCGGAUAAAAUCCCACAAUUGCAAGAAGUUUCCGAUUUCUUGAGAACCUGCACCGGUUUCCAACUCCGUCCCGUUGCCGGUCUUCUUUCCUCACGCGAUUUCUUGGCUGGCUUGGCUUUCCGUGUUUUCCAUUCAACUCAAUACAUUCGUCACCAUUCUGUCCCUAAUUACACACCAGAACCUGAUAUCUGCCACGAGCUUCUCGGUCACGUGCCCCUAUUUGCCGAUAUGGAAUUCGCGCAAUUUUCUCAAGAAAUUGGCUUGGCUUCAUUGGGCGCCUCGGAUGAGACAAUUGAGAAAUUGGCUACACUUUAUUGGUUCACCGUCGAGUUUGGCUUGUGUCUUCAAAAUGGAGAGAAAAAAGCAUACGGAGCUGGAUUGUUGAGCUCUUUUGGAGAGUUGCAAUACAGUGUUUCGGAUAAGCCCGAAGUCGUCCCAUUCGAACCAUCGAUUACCUCGGUGACGAAAUACCCGAUCACCGAAUAUCAACCACGAUACUAUCUCGCCGAUUCGUUCACUUCAGCCAAGAAUAAGCUCAAAACUUGGGCCUCAUCAAUCGAUCGUCCAUUCCAAGUGCGCUACAAUCCGUACACACAAACCAUCGAGACAUUGGACCAUCCGACUGCUAUUCAAAAACUCGCAAAAGAGAUUAAGACCGAUAUGGCCACUCUCGAGGAUGCAAUCGGAAAAAUUGGACUCUUC